GUCCGUAUGAAACGAAAAAUAUGGGGAGCAGGGAAGUGGUAACCUCCCUGAAAAUUGUUUCCGUUGGUCUCUCUCGUCAAUGGAGCUUUCUUUAUACUCCCCUCCAUCUCAUCUUCGGAUUCCGGCUUCUGCUCCCAUUUACAACAAUUGGAAUCAUCAAAAGAGUAACCCCACCUGCAAAUUUGCUGCUCUUUCAUCGAGGAACUCAAGGAGCUUAUCGGUACUUACCUUCAGCUGCUGCAUCAGACCUGUAACGAGAAGACAUACAAGGCAUUUUUCCAUAUGGGCUUCUAGUCAAGCUGGAGCUGCUGGAUCUGAUCCAGUACUGAACAAAACUUCUGAGUUCAAAGAUGCUUGUUGGAGAUUUCUAAGGCCUCACACAAUCCGAGGGACUACACUGGGAUCUAUUUCUUUGGUAGCAAGAGCAUUGAUUGAGAACCCAAAUCUGAUAAGAUGGUCAUUGCUGUUUAAGGCAUUUUCUGGUCUCUUUGCUCUUAUAUGUGGAAAUGGUUACAUAGUGGGCAUUAAUCAGAUCUAUGACAUUGGGAUUGACAAGGUAAACAAGCCUUACCUACCUAUAGCUGCGGGGGAUCUUUCAGUUCAGUCAGCAUGGUUUUUGGUGUUAUUUUUUGCAGCUGCUGGACUUUUUAUUGUUGGAGUAAAUUUUGGUCCAUUCAUCACGUUUCUCUAUUGUAUUGGUCUUUUUCUUGGCACUAUUUACUCUGUUCCUCCAUUUAGGUUCAAGAGAUUUCCUGUUGCAGCAUUUCUUAUUAUUGCCACGGUCCGAGGUUUUCUUCUUAACUUUGGGGUUUAUCAUGCAACAAGAGCUGCAUUAGGACUUACAUUUGAGUGGAGUUCACCUGUGGCAUUCAUCACAACAUUCGUGACUCUGUUUGCAUUGGUCAUUGCCAUUACAAAAGAUCUCCCAGAUGUAGAGGGUGACCGCAAGUUUCAGAUAUCAACCUUGGCUACAAAGCUUGGUGUUAGAAAUAUUGCAUUUCUUGGUUCUGGGCUUUUGCUGGCAAAUUAUCUUGGCGCCAUACUUGCAGCAAUUUACCUGCCCCAGGCUUUCAGGCGUAGCUUAAUGAUUCCCAUUCAUACCAUCCUAGCACUGGGUUUGCUUUUCCAGGCGUGGAUAUUAGAGAGAGCAAAUUAUACCAAGGAUGCAAUCUCAGGUUUCUAUCGGUUUAUCUGGAAUCUCUUCUAUGCUGAGUACAUCAUAUUUCCUUUUAUCUGAUAGGGAGGAUGGUAUUCUACUCACAUUUUUCGUCAUUUUCAUGGUAUUGCAAAUGAAUUUUGUUUCUUUUUGUUGUGUAGCGAUGUGAGGAGACUGUAACUUGUAUAGCAGAAUGAGAUUCAAAAUAUAAUUCAUGUUGCCUCCUAAUAUUUAGCAA